AUGAAACUCACGAUUGUACAAUUCUUCAUUAUCUCUCUACUCCUCACAUCUUCUUUGUUUAUGCUCUCAACCGCGGAUUCGUCACCAUGCGACGGAAAAUGCAACGUGAGAUGUUCAAAGGCAGGAAGACAAGAUCGGUGUCUCAAGUAUUGCAAUAUAUGUUGCGAGAAAUGUAAUUAUUGUGUUCCUUCAGGCACUUAUGGGAACAAAGAUGAAUGUCCUUGUUACCGCGAUAUGAAGAACUCCAAAGGCCAGCCAAAAUGUCCUUGA